AUGAAUUGGGAAAGAGCAAUUAUUAUUGGAAAUACUCGGGAAACUUAUUUUGCCACAUCGUCUUAUGAUGUAAGUUUCCAAAAAAUAAAUCCAAAAUAAUUCAGAAAACUCUAUUCAGGAAUUGCUUCUCCGAAAAAACAAUUCGAAUACAUUUCUAAAUAUAGGUGAUUGCAUCAAAUGCACUUCUAGAAGUACAACUGGUUGGCAAAUGGGAGAUGGAAAAAUCGAAAUGCGAAGAGUUGUGGAUAAAUUCGAGAAAAUUGAUAGAUUUGUCGAUUUGAAACUGCAAAAUCAGAAUCGUGGAGUUUAUAUAAUGGGAAAUAUUCUGGGAGUUGAUCUUCGAGAACAUCCUCGUACAAGGGAACUUGUUCGAUGUUUUCGCACUGAUUUUUUGGAGGUUGGAGGAUUAUUUUUCAUAAUUUUUUUAGAAUCAAAUUAAUUUUCAUUCAGGAAGUUUAUGAUGAUGUUCAAUCCAAGACAAGAAUUUAUAAAAAUGAAGAAUUGAUUGGAAUGAAAGUUAUCGCAAGUCACAUCGUCACUCCUCUGAAAUAUGGUUAUUGGGCAGUUAUUAAUGUUAAUGUAAUUGGAAUUUUUUAAUUUUCAGAGCAAGAUAAUUUGUUUUCAGAACGAUCCAAAUGAUACAUUUGAUAGAAAUGGACGGCAUUUUCGAAGAGGAAUUGCUUUGAAUUUUAGAAUGGAAAACACGAAAAAUGGAAAACAUGAUUUAAUGUUUUGGAUUCCACAUGUUCGAGAGCGCGCUCUUUAUACAGAAGAAUUACGAGGAAAUAUUCCGAAACAGAGAUUUUUCGGAAAUUGGGUUUCGUUCAGUCUCAAUAGAAAUUAUCAAGUGGAUGAACAGAGUGAUGUGAAAAUAAUCGAAGAUGUUCUUCCCACUCGAAUCCAUCAAAAUCGAUGUGAAGUUAGGGUAUCUGUUAGAUUCGAAAUUGAAAGAUGGGAUAAGAGAGGAUAUCCUGAAUUGAAAUGUUCACAGUGUGGCGGACUUGUUGCUGAUAUUACACGAACUCUUGGUGGGUUUUCUAGAUUUUUGGGAAAUACACAGAAUCAUGUUUCAGAGCAAUAUGGAAUGCUGAAAUCGUUGUCUGGUGAAGCUUGGGUUCAAUAUUUUCAGCAUGAACCUUCGAGAGGAAUUUGGUUUAUUCUUUCGGAGAAACAAGAUGAAUGGAUUGAUGAUAAUCGAAUUGACAGGUUAGAUUUUAUGCAAGAGAAAAAACUAGAGAGUGAUUUAUUUUCAGAACUAGAGAAAAUCCCAACGAAAAUAGUUCUAGAAGAAGAUCGAGAUCACCAGAAAGAUCAAAUUAUCGAGACAAUUUUGAUUCGAGAAACUCUGGAAGAGAAGAUGAUUAUGGUAGAAGAGAAAGAUCUAGACCCCGUGAAGAAGAUCGACGUGAAAAUCCCAACGAAAAUAGUUCUAGAAGAAGAUCAAGAUCAUCAGAAAGAUCAGAUUAUCGAGAAAAUUAUGAAAGAUCUAGACCCCGUGAAGAUUUCGAUAUUGUUGAUCAAAGAAAUCGAGAAUAUGAACGAAGAUUGAGAGAAACAUCAAGAGCACCUUCGAGAAUUGAUAGAUCACCUUCAAGAAAAAGAGAUGAUACAAGUAGUAUUCCAUCAACAUCUCGAAGUUAUAAUGAUGAUCUAUCAAAAGCUCAGGCAAAUUUGAAAAAAUUGAAGACAAGAUAUGAAUAUUUGACUGCAAAUAAUAUGCCGAUUCCAGAAAAAUUGAGAGAAGAUUUAGGAAAUGCGAUUCUAGAAGAACAAAUUUCGAGAUAUGAUUUUGAUGACAGAAAAUCGGGGAAAAUUGAAGUUGAUGCAGGGGAAUUCAAUAAAUAUAAAGAGGUACGUGUCCACAUCUAAAAUUUUGGGUUCAAGUUAUUUUUCCAGCUCGCCACAUUAUUCCGAGGAAUGUUGUCUUCUUCAAAAGUCUGCGAUGAAAUGCGUAAAUAUGAUGCGAAUCUUUUGAAUAAUAUUAAUCGACUGAUGUUCGAUUCAUAA